GACAGACAGACCCCUCCUUAUCGGGGCAGAGAACGUGGUCCUCAUCCACGCAAAAGCGGUGAAUGCCGGCGAAGGGGCCUACGAGGCCGAGCUGGUAGUGGAGCUGCCGAGGGGAGCGUACUUUCAGACGGCUCACAGCAUCUCACGGAAACGUUACGUGGUGUCAGAGGCAGGGAAUGAGGAGUGUGCCGGCUUUGACUGCGACGUAUUUGGUGAACCAGGAGCUGCGCAAGCCCCACCUGCGAAGCUGAUUUGCAAUUCCCGCAAGGAAAAUGAGACCCACCUGGUGGCUUGUGAAAUAGGCAACCCUAUGAAAUCCCACACGGAGAUCCAGGUGGACAUGGAAAUAAGUGUCAGUCAGCUGGAGGAGGCAGGUGACAAUGUCACUUUCAGGAUGCAGCUCAGGAGCAGGAACAGAGACAACCCGAACAGCGACGAGAAGCUGCUCCAUGUGCCAGUCGAGGUCGAGGCUAGGAUGACGCUUCGGGGGAGCUCUGCCCCAGCCAGCGUCCUGCUCCCACUGGUCACUGAGUACCCCAAACACGAGAGCAAGAAAGUGGCUGACUAUGGGCCCCAAGUGGAGCACAUUUAUCGGUUGCAGAAUGAUGGUCCGAGUUCUGUUUCCAGGGCUGAACUUCUCGUGAACUUUCCCAAUCGUUUCCGGGGAAACUUCCUACUCUACAUCACAAAGGUGACCACGGAAGGCAGCAUCAGCUGCUUUCCUUCCAACGAGACCAACCCCCUGAAGCUAGAGGUGCUGGAGCCCACGGCCAUCCCCAGCUACAACGGGACUUUCCAGCCACAAAGAGGGCGCGAGAAGCGUGAUGUGACCGCAGAGGCUGACCCAGCAGCGCUGCAGGGACCUGUUUUGGUGAACUGUAGCAGUCAGGCUUGUGCCGCCAUCCUCUGCCAUGUGGGGGUGCUGGAGAAAGGGCAGGGAGCUUCUGUCACCAUCCAUGCCGUGCUGUGGCUGCAGAGUUUCCAAGAGUGUCCCCUGGAACACUUCCUCAUCGAAUCCCAGGCCUGGUUCGGCGCCUCAGCAAUGCCAUACCGAAUUCAGCCGAAAAAUCUACCAAGUGGGACCAUCUCGGCAGAGACGCUGGUGGAGAGGCUAGAUCCUGACGCUGAGAAGAGCAUCCCUGCCUGGUGGAUCAUUGCGGCUGUGCUGGCCGGCCUUUUUCUCCUUGCUGCCUCCAUUACCCUGCUCUGGAAGACUGGUUUUUUUAAGAGAACACGCCCUCCGACAGAGGACCAGGAGGAACUGACGAAUGACCCCGAAACAUAAUCUGUGGGGCAGGAGCAGUCGUGGCAGUUCUAUAUGUCCGGGAUCCACCCCCGUCAGAUCUCAUUCCCACGUGGAUGCAUCCCGACAUCGUGCCAAGGAGAUGCCAGACCGCACACACACCCCCCCG